AUGAAGUCUACCAAUUUCUUCAUCGCCAGUGCACUCUGGUUUGCAGCUUCUGUCUAUGGUCAUGGCUAUAUGACAAUUCCUAAAAGUCGAAGCCGCCUCGGAUCAGAGGCUGGCAUAGAUACCUGUCCUGAAUGUGCCAUUUUAGAGCCCGUGCAAUCUUGGCCAGACCUUACUGCCGCCCCCGUCGGUCGUAGCGGCCCAUGCGGCUAUAACGCUCGCGUCAGCGUAGACUACAACAACCCGGCCACCAACUGGGGAAACACCCCCGUCGUAACCUACACCGCUGGAUCGACUGUCAGCGUCGAGUGGUGCGUUGACCACAAUGGCGACCAUGGAGGCAUGUUUUCGUACCGUAUCUGCCAGGACCAGGACAUCGUUAAUAAGCUUAUGACCCCUGGGUAUCUACCCACCGAUGCGGAGAAACAGGCAGCGGAGGAUUGCUUCCAGGCUGGCACUCUUGAUUGCACUGAUGUGGAUGGCCAGACCUGCGAGUUCAGCGGCGAUUGCUCACCUGGUCAGCCAUGCUACCGAAAUGACUGGUUUACGUGUAAGCCAUUCAGCGACACUAAGUGCCAGGGCGUCGAUAAUUCCGCGCUUGGGUCGUGCUACACCAGCAUUGCGGGGGGAUAUACGGUUACGAAAAAAGUCAAGAUCCCGAACUACACAUCCGACCACACUAUCCUCUCUCUGCGCUGGAACUCCUUCCAGACUGGACAAAUUUACUUGUCCUGUGCUGAUAUCGCCAUCACUGGAGGAACAGGCUCAUCCACGACUGCCUUGCCGCCGUCCUCGACUACCUCAUUCCCUUCAUCGUCUACUUCCACGGCUACUUCUUCUGCACCAAGUUCGAGUUCCACUGCACCUGCCUGUUCUAUCCCCGGCAACGUAGCCGUCACAUUCAACGAGCUUGUAACCACAGUUUUCGGGGACACCAUCAAGCUCGUCGGGUCCAUCCCCCAACUUGGAUCAUGGAACACCGGCUCUGCUCUCCCCCUCUCUGCGUCGGCAUAUACGAGUAGCAACCCCUUAUGGUCCAUCACAAUGUCCCUUCCUGUCGGCGCGUCAUUCGAGUACAAGUUCCUCAAAGUGUCGAGCAGUGGUGCGGUGACUUGGGAAAGCGAUCCUAACAGGUCGUAUACUGUUCCUUCCAGCUGUGCCGCGUCUGUCGCUGCUUCAAGUACCUGGCGUUAA